GCGGGACUUGUUAUUGUCUAAAGGGCUUCCGUUACAGAGCACUCAGAGGGUAAUUUAUGGAGAAGUUGAGAAAAUUUAAGGCCAGGAUUAUGGGAUCAGACAACAAUGACCAAACAAUAGAAAGACCAGCGCAGCCGCAUCUUCAUCUAGGAUACACCAGCACUAUGGUCAGCAUAGCGCUCGGUAGUUGCUUAGCUCUUGGGUUUACGCUUGUGCACGCCUAAGCCUGUCCUUCUCAAACAACACCUGGAAAAUUUGUCUUC